CUGUGUCUGUAGAUACCACAUCAGACCAGCAAAGCCUCAGUCAAGAUGAGAGAAUUCAAGAGCAAGGCAUUUUGGAAGGGAGUGCUGGCUGAACUAAUAGGCAUUACUCUCUUUAUUUCUCUUAGUAUAUCAGCUGCUGUAGGGCAACCUAAAGCUUCCAGUCCUGACCAAGAGGUAAAAGUGUCACUAGCCUUUGGGUUAGCUAUAGCCACUUUAGCUCAAAGUUUGGGCCACAUAAGUGGAGCCCACUUGAAUCCUGCAGUGACUUUUGGCAUGCUGGCAAGUUGCCAGAUCAGUGUCUUCAAGGCUGUUAUGUACAUCAUUGCACAACUACUGGGGGCAUCGAUGGCAAGUGGAAUUGUGUACGGAGUCAGGCCGAAUGGAACUGAUGUACUGGGAGUGAAUUCACUAAACAAUGUAACCUCCAGUCAAGGUGUUGGAAUAGAGCUUCUUGUCACCUUUCAACUGGUCCUGUGUGUUAUAGCAACAACAGAUAAGAGACGGCAUGAUGUCACUGGCUCAGCACCCCUUGCCAUUGGUCUCUCUGUGGCCUUUGGGCACCUUGCUGCUAUCAGUUAUACUGGAUGUGGAAUGAACCCAGCUCGAUCCUUUGGCCCUGCUCUGAUUACGUCUAACUUCAAAGACCACUGGGUCUACUGGGUUGGACCCAUGUGUGGAGGUGUGGCUGCUGCUCUUGUCUAUGACUUUCUUCUGUUUCCCAAAUCUGAUGAGCUGCCUGAUCGCAUGAGGGUGCUGGUGAAUGGCCAGGAUGGGGAAUACAAUGUCACUGCACCCGAUGAGAAUACUAGAGUAGAAAUGUCACUUAAAUGAUGACAUUUGUGCAUUAUGUGUUACAACAGAACUUUGAAUACCUACUGUAAAACACAAUGAUCCUUUGUCAAGAUUUUAUUUAGGAAAAUAGUUCCUUCUUUUUAAAAGAUAUGUGUAAAUUAAGACUGCAGUAUUCUAUACAGUGCUUUACCAAGUCAAUGAUUAUAGUAGAAAAGACUUAAAAAUGUGCUUUGAUAAUUUGAGUUUUUGAGCACUGAUCAAGUGUUUUUCUUUGGUUUUUAUACCAAUGCAAACGAUUUUUUUUUCAUGAAAAAUGUUUUUUUGUAUACUGUUAUUGUAAUGUCAUUCAAAUAUAUAUUUUAAAAGUGCACUAUGAUUUAUUUGUCUUUUGUGAUCAAAUGCAUUUUAGUUGUAUUUAGAUCUAUAUUUUAAGGUUAAAAAUAGUCCAGUUGUAUCCUUCAUAUAGUCUCCAUACUGGUCAGAAUAAGUUCCUUCAGAAUAUGUAACACAAUCAAGCUCUGUAUAUGUAGGAUAUUUACAAGGAUAUUAUACAAAUUUGAUAGAAUCAAAAAGCACAAUCUAUGUACUCAUUCUGUUUUUGAUGAGCAGGUUGCUUACAGUACAUCAUGUUACAUAGAAAUAUUUUUACCGACCACUGUUUCAAAUAGCUUGGGUGAUUUAAAAUGGUCUAAAUGUUUGAACUGAUGCAUCUAAUCUUUUUAAUAAAAUGAUGUCCAAUUGCUCUUUCUAAUUCCUUGCCAUUCCUGUUUAGUUUUGUUUUGCUGUUCAAAACUGUUGUAGUUCUAGUUUGUUAAACGUAAUACAUUGAAAUAAAAUUAUAUUGACUGAA